ACAAUCGCUUGCAAACGUAAAUGGUGCGGCGAGUGGCAAGUAUCUGUGACAGUAAAGGUCGUGGCCGCCUUUACUUUGUUCGACUUCUUUCAACAAGUGAAAACUGCAAAGAAAAACAUCGCAAUGAGUCGUUCAACGGCUACCGGCACUUUGCACCGAGAGUAAACUGCAGAGCGAUGCCUCCGGCUGCUUGCAUAAGUCGCAAGGGGGCUGGAAUUGAUUCCUGGGUCUUACAGGAAUAGUAAAUCAUGAUGCUUUCCGCUUUUGUGCGAGGAAUUUGCUGUAGUGACCAGCUACUGAGAUCUGCGGUGAAGCAGGCGCUUGCACGACAUAGGACGGCAUUUCUAAGCACUUGGGCAUGGUCCAGAGUAGGGCAAGGGUUCAGCCAUGACCAUGUCUUGAGUCCUGAGAUAGGCUACGAUGGCAUAAAGCGAAAUUUAUGGGUCCCCUCGAGUCCCCUGAGAUCCGAAAAAUCAGAGAACAGGAGCUCGCAGGUGCCUGUGCAAAGUAAAAAGGGAGACGUUUCACUGUCAGCUGCUCAAAAAGUGAAAGAAGCAGGAAGAGAUUUCACUUAUUUGAUUGUGGUGAUUAUCGGGAUCGGUGUAACAGGUGGGUUAUUCUAUGUGAUUUUUAGGGAAUUAUUCUCUUCUUCCAGUCCCAGUAAGAUCUACGGUGAUGCCUUGGAGAAAUGCAGAGCUCACCCUGAGGUAAUAGGAGUUUUUGGUGAACCCAUAAAAGGUUAUGGUGAAGCUACACGUCGUGGGAGAAGACAGUUGGUCAGCCACAUUGAGUUUGUAAAAGAUGGAUUGAAAUACAUGCGUCUAAAAUUCUACAUUGAGGGAUCUGAAAAAGGAAAACAAGGAACUGUUCAUCUUGAAGUCAAAGAGAAUCCCGAAAGUGGAAAAUAUGAUUAUCGUUAUAUUUUUGUGGAUAUCGAUAGCUACCCUAGAAGAACAAUAAUUGUUGAAGACAAUAGAUAGUGGAAUGAUUGAAAAAGUCUUUCAUUGCUGGGAUACUUAUUGAUAAUAUGCAAUGAACAACGAAAUAAUAAACAUGAAAAAGGUAACAAGGCAUGUUGCAUCCUUACAGACUGUCCACGUAACUCAGAGGAACAAGUGGAACUAUAUAUAAUGAAGUUGCAUAAAUAUUGGAAAUAGAGAAUUAUGAAAAUAAUAGAAAUGCAAAUAAUUUGAUAUUUUUUAUACAAAAUUAGCAGGAAGUUCUCACUGCAGCAAAUGUGUGAUUCAUCAGAGAUUCUAAAUUUGCGAAUUAGUUUUUAUAUACAUGCAUCCAACAAGUAAACUUCUAAAUUUUUGGAAUGAAUAUUUCUGUCUCAACUUGGAUUUCAUAUCAAUAUUAUAAUAAAUAAGACCUAAAAUAUAUAAAAUAGUGUUUUUUUUAAAUAGAGUUUGUGUGUAGUUUGUCCCUCAAACAUUAAUUUAGAAUGUUAAGUAGCAAAAUAUAUUAUAAUAGAGUCUUGGCUGAAUAAUUUCUGAUUUGAUUUUGUUUCUUGGGAAGACUUAUUGUAGAUUGAAAUUAGCAUACUAUUCAUUUUUUUUUUUUUGCACAUACAAGAAAAGCAGCCAGUUAUGAAAUGGUGCCUUUUUAAAUUGCAUUCAUGGCCAUAGUCUUUCAUUUGUUGAAUCUUUGUCAGGAACACGAAUGACCCUAUGAAAUAAGCUCUCAUACAACAAUUCAAUACUUAUCUAGACAACAGUAUUUACCCUGUCUAACAUGACAGAGUUGAUUAGUAACUAUAAAGAUAGCUUAAAACUAGCUUGGAUCAGUCAUGUUGGCAAUUAGGUAGCGCUAAGAAUAGCAUCCUGCUAUGACAUUACUCAUUCCAACCUUGGUUAAGUUGUAACAAAGUUUCUUAUAUUCUAAGCUCUUCUAAGAGCAGAAGAAUGUUUAGCAACAAUCAAAUAAUUCUAUACAGUAUUUAGUAUACUUGUUUGGCUUCAUUGAAGGUAAAGAAUGGUUCCAUCUGGUGGUUUUAAAGGAACUUGCACCAAUUCUAACAUCCUUUUCCAUAGUUCAUUUACAUGUAGAUCUUCAUUAUGCAGUUAAUAUAUGCCUCAAAGUCAUAGCAUUGUUUGAAUAUUCGGAAAAUGUUUGAAUGUUCAGAAAAUAUGGAAGGGAAGGAGGGAAGGAAGGCUUAUACUUUUAAAUUAAAUAAUUAGAAAUUUAGCACCUAACAUGUUUUUUUAUUUUGUUUGCAAUAUGGCACUCUUAUGGCUUGUGUUCCUCCCCCCCUUCCCCAUCUCAGGGUAGCUUGCUAGCUGCAAAGACAGUUUAACAAAACACAGUUGAACAGUGUCAAGUCCCAGCAAUUGCUUUUUUAGGCUGCAGUAUGCCUAUUUACUUUUAUGUACAGGGACAAAGAAUAUAAUUCCACAUGCUGAAAUCUGAUAUAGGCACAAUUUGGAAUAUACAAUAAAUUGCUAAUUUUCAGGUAAUCUAUAUAACUGUAGGAAAAUUUUUU